GAAAGAGAGACAAGUCCAGCUAGCGCAGCCGCGUUUGGUCGCAUUGCACAAGUCCGUGCACCACACCACCAUAUCUCCAUCAACAUCGUCAUCGCUAUCACCACCACCACCAUAGGUCUCUCUCAUCGUAAUCUCAGCUCCUGGAAAACCAGCGCCAGUCGUCUUUCGUCUUUUGCAUCGGUUCCGCACUAUCUAUAGUCUACUCCAGAAAAAAAAAAGUUGGACUAUCCGCACACUUCUUCGAAAAAAGAGCGCGCGAGGGAAUUUAAGAUGAAGCUGUGGUGGAGUUUGAUUUUAGUAGGACUCGUUCUGUCGAUAAUGAUCACCACAGCAACCGCAGACCUGUGGGAAGAAAACGAUAAGGAAGUUCUUGUUCGAAUAGGUCGUGCCACCAAUACUCAACGUGGAUCUGGUAGUUCGACAUCAUGCAGAUAUUCCAAAGGUGAUUGGUCAGAAUGUGAUCCAAAAACCAAUACACGCUCUCGAAGUCUUACUUUGAAAAAAGGAGACAAAGGAUGCGAGCAGACAAAAUCAAUUUCGAAGAAAUGCAGAAAAGCUUGCCGAUAUGAAAGAGGCUCGUGGAUGGGAUGCGAGAAUCAAUGGAUGGCAAGAAUCGACACCCUAAAGGCGAAUAGUGAUGCAUCAUGCGAAAAGACGCGACGUGUCACGAAAAGGUGUAAAGUUGAAAAUACAAAGAAAGUCUCAAAAGGUGAUCGAUCGAAUAAACAAAAAUCAGGCAAACAGUAAAAUUUCAUGAGAGAAUCGUCGUUUCAUUAAACGUUGACACGGCGAUCAUUUUUUUCUCAACGAACAAUGAAAUCCAAUUUUCUCUCAGUGUAAUAUUGAUUCAUCAUCACAUCUGGAGAGAGGAAAAAGAAAUUCGAAAAUCAGAUAUUACGCCAACUGCAGAAAGUUCAUAUCUUCACAAAAAAAAAAAAGAACUUCUGUCCAAAGGCACCAAUCCCUUUAUUUUGUUCCUCGAUCUUCCCCCUCGAGGACCAAGCGUUUCAAUUUAUCAUUGCUAAUCUCGUCGUUUUUAAAACGAUCGUCGUCAGUAUAUAAAAAAAAAAGAAUAAGAAAAACAAGAGUCCGCUUCCAUUUUCUGUGGCCAAAUAUAUAUAUUGAUUAGUGAUUUAUGAGAUGCUUCUUUUUCUCAGCACGUAAAAAGGCGACGUCUUUUUUUUUAUUUUGCAAAAUUUUCCAAAGACGAGCAUUCCAAUUUUUCAUUUGUGUUUAUAGUUUCAUCUUCUGACAAAUAGAUUGAAAUGCGGUGAAUUGAGUAGAAUAUAUUUGAUUGAAAAACAAAAAUUCCGUUUCUCAAAUUCAUCCGAGUUAGAAAAUUUUUCUUUUUGAUUCUUGAAAAUUGGAAUCAAAAAGAAAAAAACACACCGAAAAUUUAUAUUUAUACACAAAAUUACACACUUUAUAGAAUAAGAUAUUAAUAAAAAAAAAAAAAAAAAAAUGUUAUUUAACGGUAUAUAAAAGUCGACUGACAAAAUUUCAUAAAUAGAAUAAAUUGUAAUCUAAUUUCAAUCUUUUAUUCAAUUGAAUUUUAUACUAAGGAAACUUUCUUUCUUUUAUUUAAAUCCAAAUAGUAGAAUGUCUAAACGAAAAUAGAAAUAUACGACUAAUUUAAUUUUUUUUUUUACUUUCAAAACAUUUUUGAAUAUUCUCGAAACUUCGAGCAUGUAACGCCGCUGAGCAGGAAAAUCAAAUUCAUGUUGAAAUCGUGUUUUUACGAUCUUCCAUUUUACAAAUCGAUUAUUAUCGUUAGAAAUGUAAUCAAAAACCAAAAUACAAUAAAAAUAGGUAUUCAGAUAAUCAAAACCUGAGAUAAUUUACUAAAAAGGAAUUCAUUAAAAAAAAAAUCAAAUUGAAAUAAAAUAGGAAUUUAUCAAAUCAAACGGAAUUAAAUUUUUUUUUAUAUGAAAUCAAAAGUUUUUCAAGUAAAUUGAAACUUAUGAAAAAGAGAGUCAAAUUAAGUCAGUCAAUAGAAAAUAUAAAUAAAAUUUUAAAAUUAUUAUACCAUAUCAUCAUUAAAAAAUAAAAAGAAAAAAAAACUAUUACUAGAAUAAAAAAAAGCUAUGUUUUACAUAGAACUCUUCCGGUUAGAUGUUUCCUAAUUAAUCACUUCUCUGUGUAGUUCUAACAUCGAAAGACCUCAGAAAAUUCUCUUUAUAUAUAAUAAUGUGGAUCUUUGAUCCAUUUGACAACGUGUGUCUCAAACUUCAAAAAAAAGAAAUGUUUAUAAUAUAUUUAAAAUAACGUUAUAAGAAAUUAAAAAUAUUUUCCAAAAAAAUGUUUUAAUUAAUUUAAUAAUCAAAUUGCAAAGUAAAAUAUAAUUUUAACAAAAAAAAAAUGUAUUUUUUAAAAAAUUAUUCUGCAACAAGUCUAACAAAUUUAUUUCGUUUGAGAGUACAUAUCAUAAAUGAACUGAAGAUCCUUAAAAAAAUUAAUUUCCAAAGACGUUUGAUCAUUUGAUUUUCUUUGGAAAUAUAGCGAGAGAGAGAGAUAUAGAGAUUUAUCUCAAAGAGGUUUUUUUUUUAAACAAAGGAUUUUUAAAUGUUAAAAAAUGCAUUUGUAACAUAGCAUUUAUAGAAAGAAUGCUUACGUGCUCGAUUACAAAUAAAAAAAAAAAGAAAACAUUGUUCUCGUCGAAUUUUCGACAGUAGUAAUGCUACUCAUAGAUUUUUGACUCUUAUUCUUAGCGAAAAAUAUCAUAUUUAAUAAUUAAUUAAAGAAAAUAAAUUUUAACAAACACAAGAACGAUAAUUUCAAUUGGAAAAAAAUAAAUAUUAACUAAUUGAAAUAAACUCGAAUAAUUAUAAUAAUAUAAUUAUAUUAUUUAAUUAGUUAAAAAGAAAAAAAUAUAUUAAAAGGAUUUAAUGGAAUGAACUUGAUACAUUUAACAAAUGUGAAAAAAAUAUCGAGUAACAAAAAUUUUCGCUAAGAGAUUUUUGUAAUUAUAUAUUAAUAAUUACUAACGUUGAUAGUUUAAGCUCGUUAGCUGAUAGUCGCGCUCUUAAGUUGUGCAUUUUUACUCAUUAAGUUUUUUUUUUCUUUUCACCAGUUUUUGCUGUUAAAGCAAUAAAUUAAAAAUACAAAAAAGAGGAAACAACACUGCGACAAAGAAUUGUUACUUUUCGAAAUUUUUAUAAUAGCGAAAACUAGACUCCCAUAUAUAUAUAUAUACAUUUCGAUAUUGUGUAAUCAAGUGAAAAUUAUAUUUGAAAAAAAAGUCGGUUGAAAAAAUUUUUUGCAAUGCAAAUACUAACAUUGUCAUUCUAGAAAAUUAUAUGAAGAAAAAAAAAAUUGUAAUCUACUUGUAACACAAAAAUCCGGUGUUUUCAAUAUAUACUUUCUUAUACACAA